AUGAGCAGCAGCAGUAGCAGAAGUCGGGACGAGCACCAUGGAGCGAGCGCCGACGAGAUGGACGACAGCCACGAGGAGAGCCUCGACGAAGGUGCAUCGGACGAGGACUUCGCCCCAAGCAGUGACGACGAGGCCGGCAACACGUCGGACGCGGAGAUGGACGACGUCGAUCGCCAUGCGACGACCCACGCCACGAGCACGUCAACGACGUCGAGUCCAUCCUGCAGCAGCGACGAACGCAACGAAAUCAAGGAGCUGCAUGCGACCGCCACGCUGCGUCGACAACUCUUUGAGCGCUCGGGCGAGCUCGUCGACGGCCCGAUCUCGGUGCAAGCACUCGGCGAACUCAAGCUCGAGACGACGGGGUCCUGGACGACGUCCGAGUUGUUUCCGAUCGGGUUCGAGACGCGGGCGCUCGUGGAUGGCAUCGCGUGGCGCUGCAGCAUUCAACUUGCAAAGGACGACGCGCAGAAAGGGCCUGUCUUCCAGGUGCAGCUCGCGAAGGCGCCCGCCAUUGCGUUUCGAUCGUAUACGACCACCAAGGCGUGGGCAAAGGCAAUGGCGUUCCUCGACGAUGCAUCCGAAGACGAGAAGGACCAUUGGCGAGAGGCGACGGGUGCGACGUCCGAGAAGGUCCACGACGGGUUUGGUCUGCAUCGAGAAUGCAUUGCGCGCACGCUAGAAGGUCUUCCGCAUGUGCUCGAGUGCGAUGGGUACCUCUUUUGGGACAUGCGGGACGGCCGCACGUUGAGCGCGACAGAUCUCGCGACGCAGAAGGCGACGUUGACCAAGCAGCUCGAAGUGCAGGACGAAGCUCGGCAGCGGGAGAAGCGCGCGAUCCGCGCCAAGGCGCGACAGAUGUACGAAGAAGAGAAAGCGCUCCAAGCACAGCACGAGCAAGCGUCCGCAACCAAGAAGCGGCAGCAGCAGGUGCUCAAGACGCAGCAGAAGCAGCAAGCCUCGACGCAAAAGAAGAUCGACGCGCUCCGACAACGGCGUCAGCUGCUCAAAGAGCAAGAAGUGCUGCGAACGACCGGCAUCGACUGGCGGGCGCCCAUGGACGCGAGCAAGACCAACGUCCUUUUGCAGUUUGUCGACGACGAGAUCGCGAAGCGCAAGGAGCUCGCCGCGGCGCACACGCGGCAUCUUGCGAUCGUCGCGGCGUACGAUCUGGCCAAAGCGCACACUGAAGCGACUCGGAUCGAGCCGCCUGCGCCGAUGCCAUUGGCGGACCCCGUGUCGCCGUCGAGUGCGACGACGCCUCUGGACUUUUUGACGCCGUUCACACCCGAGGUACAGCGCCAAUUGUUGUGGCUGUGGGACUUUUUAUACCAGUACGCUGACGUCCUCCGGCUCCGGGCGGUGCCCCCUCUGGCCUACUUGUGCCACGUGCCACGGGAGGUGCCUCGCGACUCUGCACGCCUUUUGCUCGACGUGCUGCUCCAAGAGUACACGCCGUACUUGCAGCUCUCGGUCACCGACUACAAGAAGACGCGGCCUCUGAACGUCAUGACGUGGGUCGAGGUCGCGCGCCACGUGUGUAUGGUAGCGUUUGACGUGGACCGCGGCGACGUCGACGGCAACUUUAUCAAAAUGCUCAAGGGCAGCAAAUCGUCCAAUGAGAGCAGCGUCCUGCCCAUGCGCGAGACGCUCGUGAGCCGUGGCCGAGAGCUACUCACCGCCAACCCGGCCGCUUUACCGGGACUGCUACCCACGAUGACCGAGGCCGUGCCGCCGCCGCCUUUGGUUGAGCCCUGCUAUGGCCUUGUCGUUCCUGCGCCGUGGGAUGCGUGGGGCCUCGUGUGGACACAAGUGGAUGGUACCAUACGCGUCGAGCUCGUGCCCGAGACGGCCGACGCUGCACUACGAGACAAAGUCGGUGUCAACGAUCAGCUCCUCUGUAUCAACGGCAUCGAGAUCCCACUAAUGACGAGCUUGCAAGAACUGGACGAGAUGAUCGAAGACAUGGCAGCGCCGUUUGGGUGCAUUUUUGCAAAGGCCGAACUCGUGGCGUCGGUGCCAGCCAAGCCGAAAGCGUCCAGCACGUCGAGCAAACUCAAACGACUCGGAACCGUGCUCAAGAUCCUGCAAGCCAAGGACGCUGCGCAGCCGUUUAGCCACCCAGUCGACGCAGAUUUGUAUCCCGACUAUUACACAAUCAUCGCCGAGCCCAUGGACCUCGGAACGAUCGAAGACAAGAUCCGCGACAACGAGUACGACGGCGACGACGACGUCGAUGGUGUCGUCGAUGACGUGCAGCUCAUUUGGAAAAACUGCUACGAGUACAACGGCGAGCAGGCCGACAUCUCGAAGCUCGCGCGGAAGCUCUCAGCGGCCUUUGACCGGCUGUGCCGCGACUUCGUGCACACGGAGGCGCCCAACUUUUCUGCCAAGGUGGAAGACACGUGUCGCCAGUGCCACGGCGUCUUUUUAAAAGCACAGCUCCUCCUCUGCGACCGGUGCGAUGCGCCGUAUCAUACCGUGUGCACGUCGCCGCCGCUCGCGUCGAUCCCGAAGGGCGAGUGGUACUGCCCCGACUGUGCGCCGCUGCAACCUCCGCCGCCUGAAAAGUCGGAGGACGACGUGAGCGAAAGCGACUUGGCGCAGUUCGAGUCGGGCCUCGCGCACGUCGUGCGACUCUUGUCCAAGGACUCGUACGCGGAGCUGACGCUUGAAGACCGUCUCCUUGUGCUCACGACACUCUGCGAGCUCGUGCAAUCGACGUCGGCCGUGCAGAGCAUCAUGCAUAUCGUCGAAGACCACGCCGAGGACCAGCGCCGGGCGCUCGCGGCGUCGUAUGCCGACUGUGUUCGCGACUGGUAUCGAUUCGGCCACGUUCGUCUCCCCACUGUCCGGGCCACCGAGACACUCACCAUCAACGGCGAGUCACGCGAACUCUCGGAUGACCUCCUCGCGUAUCUCAAAGCGAGGUGCCACGCGCAGCUCGAGCACACUACGCUGCCCGCGCCGUUCAACUUUGACGAAACGUCGGUGAAAACCGAGCCUGAGAGCGACGACUCGGACAGCGAGGAUGAAGAAGACGAAGACGAAGAGUGGGCCGUGGCCAUUCUGGAAGCGCAUGGUGACGCCAAGCUCGCCGCGCAUGGUUUGCCAGCGGAGUCGAUCGAUGACAUUGACACACGGGUGUGUGUCGCUUGCCAACAGCCCGCUGGGAGUGUCCUCGGAUCGCUCGAGACGGCGUGGCAGGCGCCCGAGACCCUCCGCGUCUCGAAGACUCUCGCGACGUUUUCACCGCCGACGCUGGACGUUGAGUGGAACAUUUGCAUUUGGGCCGAUGACGCGCUACCGUUUGAAGGCGUUGUGCUUGACAGCGACGGGCAGCUCGUUGUGUCGAGUGCUAAUGACGCGUCUGGCCUCACGGACGGCGACGUGCUCCUCGGUUUUGACGCCAUUCAAGUGCCGCUAAACGCCGACGCCCCGCGCAUUCUCGAGCAGCUUCGCGCAACGUCACGUCCGCUUGUCGUCUACUCGUGUGCCAAGACCGCCGUCGUCCCUCGGUCCGAGUACGCGCUCGUGCAACUGCCAAGUGUCUCGUUGGAUGCGCCGUCGCUUGUCGAGACGAGUGAUAGCGUGCAUCUUCCGGGGACGCUAACGGGGUUCUGUGCUCUCAGCGGCGUCUUCUUCCCGUGGGAUGUCGUGUACGCGAUCAACGGGUCGCGCGUAACGUCGGCGGCGACGGCCAGUGAGCUCUGGCGACCACAGAGCACGGUGCUUCUUCUACGCAACGCGUUUCCGCGCCGCCAUGGGCCGGUGCUUCCGACAUUGCCGUCCAAGGUGUCACCGGACGCGGUUGCGUCACAGAUCCUACAGUGCCAUGCAUAUGAGGUUCAGUUUGCACCCGGGCCGCUCGGUCUCGCACUCGAACUUGAGCACCACAAGGUGUACGUGCGGUCGCUCACGGCCAUGAGCCAAGCGACGGCGAGCAAGUGCAUCGAGCCAGGCGACCUCAUCGUAUCGCUCCAAGGCAAGUCGCUCGGGCAACUCAAAGAGCUCACGGACUUUACGGAUCUAAUUCGACGCCUUCCGCGCCCGAUUACGCUCGGUUUCGUGCGCCAGGCGCUGCACCGGCACCGUCGUCGUCCGAGGGCCGCCCACCCCACACGACAUAUUUGCUGGCGGCCCACCUCGUCCGGUGUGAGAUCAUCGACUUUGACAACCGGCUCAUUGUGCGCUCCACGGGCGGCGUGGCACUGCACGGCGUCGCACCCGGCGACACGCUCGUGCAGCUCAAUCGCGUCGACAUCCGUGUCGCUGCUUCAGCAACUGCCACUCGAGAAGGAAAUGGAAGUGACCGUGCUGCCUCGGAUCCCUGCGGACGUUGACGUUCAGAUUCACGCGUCGUGUGUCGAUGUCCUCAACGACGCUCUCGAGGCCGCCGAAGACGUGCACGCCAAGCUGCUCGCGACCAAGUCGCUCGAGUCUUUUCUGCGGCACGUCGGGCCGCGCACGAUGACGGUCGGGAACGAGUACUUUCAUUUUGGUGGCGACCCCCGAGUGUUGUAUCGGUUCCAAAACGGCGUUUGGUCCAAGAUUCCGCAGGUGGCGGCGUACACGGCGGCCUUGGAUGACAAGGCGCUUGCGGCACGACUGGACGCGCUCUGUGCACCGAUUGCGUUGCCCAAGACAGGCCCGUUCUCGAUGCGUCCGCUCAUUUCGUCGGUCGGGGACCCGGUGCUGCAGCACGAAGCGUACGUGAUGUUUUGCGGCCGGCAGUACUACCUCGGCACGUUUGGGUCGCUCGCGGAUGCAGAAAAGGCGUACAGCGUCUGCUGUCUGCGCUACGAGUCACACCAGCAAUUUCUCGCACCGUUCACCAACUCGACGUUUCCGCGAUUGCAGCUGCCGACGCUCAAGGCCGAAGAAAUGCUCCGGCGCCUCGCGGGCACGCGGCGCCACGAGUCGCUCUUGACGCUCGAGCUGCAAAAUCUGCUGCGGUACAGCAUUCGUGCACGGGCGCCGCCGGUCAAGCCGCCGCAGAUCUCGGUACCGCGUCCGAGGCCGUCGCCCAUGCACAUACAGCAACAGCAACAGCAGCAGCAGCACCGCAUGCAACAGCAGCACUACCAGCAAAUGCUCCAGCAGCAGCAACAACAGCAGCAGCAGACGCAGCAGCAGCAACACGUGCACCAGCCGCAACUGCAGCAUCAGAUGCAAAUGCAGCAACUCCAUCUGCAGCAGCAGCAGCAACAACAGCUUCAGCAGCAGCAGCAACAGUACCAGCAGCAACAGUACCAGCUGCACCAACAACAGCAGCUGCAACAACAGCAGGUCCAGCAACACCAGCACACCAAGAAGCGCCCAACGCCGUCGUCGUCCCCGCCGUCGUCGACCCACGCGUCGCCGUCGCAGAAGAAGCAAAAGACGAAAGAGUCGCGUCUCCUGCAGCAAAUUCAGGCGCUGGAGGAGCACAAGAGCCUCGUAUCGCAAGCGUGGUCCAACUUGUACCAUGGCAAGUCAGCUGAAACUAGUGCGGGUCUCAUUUCGGGGCUGCAGAACACGCUCACGGCGCUCAACGUGCUCGCAACGCACCUCUCGCGACACCCAGGCGACGCGCCCAACCCGCUCUCGUUUGUCGCACUCCACCACGCAGUCGUCAUGGUCAUCGUGUCGAUUUUGCUGUUGCAAGCGAUGGCGAAGGCACCGUCGACGCCGUUCUCGCCAAUGGAGCUUCAAGUGCUGCAGAGCGGGUGCCACAUUGUGCUUUCGUCGCUCGACGCGACGAUGCAUCCGACACGACACGACGCUGCGAUUGGAAAGUGCGUCGGGUUCUACAACGCGCUGAGCGGCUGGAGCAGCCAUGCGCUCGUGCCGCCCGACGUGCAGAACAUGCUGAGCACGAUCCAGACGUUCUUCCUCUCGUCGCUCUAUUUGCACGACGCCAACGGAGCCUUGCAGCCAAACACGACAUGUCGCCCGCUCUUUGCAAUGCUGAGCACGUCGCAGCCCAAGCAGCACUUUACGCCGCUGCCGAUCAUGCUCACACAGGAGCUUUGGAAGCUCCAGACGUGCCAGACUGCGUACGAGAAGCAGGUCAAGAAACUCAUGAAGGGUGCGGUCGCCGCGUCGUCGCCGCCACCGGAACCGACCAAGCCACAUGAGAACCCGGGCGCGAUCCCCAAGUACCCGCCGACGGCGCAGCCCAACGGUGUACCGCCGGCGAAUCCGAGCCCGGACGAUGUGGUCGUGAGCUUCACCCACGGGCCGCUCGGCAUCAUCAUCCAGCAGGAAGUCGACUCAAUCAUGGUGUCGUCGUUUUCGUCGGAUCCGCAAGGCCAAGCGGUCAAGAGCGGCGUCGUCAACAUCGGGGACAUGAUCGUCGCCGUCAACCACGAGCCGAUCUCCGUCAUCGGUAUUGAAGGUUUCAAGCAGGCCGUGACGUCCGGCAUCCGGCCGCUCUUGAUCACGUUCCGACGCCAAUCCAACGCGGCACCGCCGGCCAAAGCACCGGCCACGAACACGACGCCGGCGCCUGAGACAUCGGACCCCAGCAAACUGCCACUGCCCAUGGAGUCCGCCUUUGGCUCGCUUUUUGACGCGCAAGGCCAGGGGUAUCUUAACGGUGCGCCGCCAAUGGGGUACUUUGCGGCGCCCAACACGGAGUUUGCCGACUUUACACCUGCGCCGAUGCUCAACGCGAUGAUGUACAACCAAGGUAUGUACCCGACGCCCGACCCGACGGCGAUGUGGGCAGCCACCGAUCCGACGGCCAUGUAUGCAGCCACGAACGGCGCGACGACGGCGGCACCGAACAACAUGUACUACAACAUGUACGCCGCCCCGUUCCCGGGGUUUGAGAUGCAGGCGCAAGGGGCCGAGUUCCACCCGUCCUCGGCGUUUUUUGACCCUCAGUUUUACAACCCACAAGCGUUCCGGUCGGGGCCGCCAGGCGUCGACUUUGUUGCUAACACGGGAUCGGCCAAGAAACCGCCCGUGAAGAAGACAGAGUCGACGCAUCUCGCAAGCCUGAGCGGACGUCGAUCGUCGCGCGUCUCCAAGAAACCCGACUCAGCUUUUGCUGCGAAUGCCUCGCUGCCCUUGUCGACCGCGCAGUACGUCGCCGGUGCCGGCUACCAAGGCGAGUGGGCCACCGACAGUGUCCCCGGUCUCCAAAAAGUCGAGGGUGACGGGCACCUGGUCGCACUCUUGAAGGCGCAGCUGCUUGCGAUCGAGGCUGCGCUCCCACGCGACGCCUUCCGCGACGGCAAGUGGACGACGCCGCUGCGCGUGGCGUGGGCUGAAAUGAUCGUGCGCGGCAAUGGCGCCAAGUCACUCCUCGAAGCCGCGUUCGUGCUUGAGUGCCACGUUGACAGCGAGUUUCUCGACGCGCAGUGGAAGGCGCAGCCGCUUUUGACGCCCAAGGCGAUGUUGUCGACCGCCACGCUGGCGUCGGCUGCAAUGCGCAUCCACGCACUCGACGACGCGCUCUCGUAUGUCAAGCCGAUGAAGAAGCCGGUGCCGAAGCGCAAGGCGGCACCGGUGCCCAUGCUGCCGCCGCGGCCGUCGUCGGCGGCGGUAUACGCUGGCAUGCCGACCUGUCCAGAGCUGCUCGCGCUAAGUCCCGCCGUGGCCACCCAGGCUCGCAACCGCAUGCAAGCCAGUCUUGCCCUCCCAGCGACCACCGACGUCUAUCAAAAGACGAUGCAAGAUCUGCGGGCCAUGACGCAGCUACCGGACGCUGCACUGCAAAAGUGGUAUGCACAGUGCCGUGAGGCCCAGCAGUCGUCUGUUAGUGCAAGCAGCAGUGCAGCGCCCGUGUCGGCGGCCACAGACGACCUCAAGCGCAAGUUGCCGUCUGCCGUGUCGUCGUCGACGUCAGGGUCGGUCACGAACGUGGCGAUGAAAAAGGCCAAGCUACGCGGUCGGAAACCAAAGAACCUCGAGUACCGGUUUGUUAUGGAGUCGGGUCACUACGGCAUCCCACCGGCGGUCGCCAAUGACCCAAAGCUACCGGAGCGGCUCCAGCUCCUCCUCGAGACGCUCAAGAAAACCCGGUCGCGGUCCCGUUCUUGCAGCCCGUUGACGCGGCUGUCGUGCCGACGUAUGCCUCGGUGAUUGCCUGCCCGAUGGACCUGCACACGAUCGAGACCAAGCUGCGACAAGGCGCGUACGCCGGCCAGUACGGCAACUUGUGCCUGGACAUGGACCGCAUUUGGACCAACUGCUUUACGUUCAACACACGCCAAGCUGAGCUCUCGUCGAUGGCCCGUCGGCUCCGGUCCGUCUUUCAUCGGCUGUUUGAGGCGUGGGUGCAGAAGACGCCGCCAGGAACGCCUGCGGCCGCGCUACCGAGCGAAGAGCAGUGCCGGAGCUGCAAGCGCGACGAGCGCAGCACGGAGCUUUUGCUCUGCGACUCGUGCGACGCGGCGUACCACACGUUUUGCAUCGGCCUCGCCGAGAUCCCGUCUGGCAACUGGUACUGCGGCAGCUGCGUCGAGAACCGCGAGCUGCACUGAAAAGGCUUAUAGGAGUAGGAGUAAUUGGCCAGACCACAUAAUCGUAUAUUAACCACCGUAGUAGCACAAAAGAUGCUUCGCGUACAGCCUUGCCUUGCAUGUCUGCGCAGCUGGUAGC